AGUCUCUCGUCUGGUCGGCGGCGCUUUAUCCUGCAGCGUGGACGGCGAUACCAUUUGAAUUAAGUGUUCUGGCUCCAUCAGCUCCGAGGGCCGGAGGUUGACCCGCUGUAAUUCACCUGGUUUUUAAGGCUGGCGGGAUUUCGUGUUUGUCUCCAUCCCUGCGGCUACGUAGACGCCCUUCGUGGGAGCACAAAUCCCGUGUCCUCUGGGGCGCCGUGGAGCCCACUUCAGGACCGACUGGAUCAUGACUUCCAUAAAAGAGCAGGCAGCGAUUAGCAGACUCCUAAGUUUUUUACAGGAUUGGGAUAAUGCUGGCAAAAUCGCAAGGAAUCACAUCCUCAAGUGUUUCAUUCAAACCAAUCAAGGCAAGACUGCCCCUGAAUUGGAGCAGGAGUUUUCCCAGGGAGCCAGCUUGUUCCUGGUACGACUGACCACUUGGCUGAGACUCACCUACAUGACUGGCUGCUGUCUGGAUAAGGUGCUCAAGUCCAUCGGCAUCUUCUUGUCGGCAGUGAGCAGUAACCGGUACCUUAUAGAAUUCCUGGAAGUUGGAGGGGUCCUAACACUCUUGGAAAUACUUGCCCUGGAGAAGAUCCAGGAGAAGGACAAGAAGGCAUCCAUCAAGUUACUUCAGCUUAUUGCAAACUCUGGGAGGAAGUACAAGGAGCUCAUUUGUGAAAGUUAUGGUGUCCGAUCCAUAGCAGAAUAUUUGGCCAAGUCUAAGUCAGAAGAGACCCAAGAGGAAGUGCAGGUCUUGUUGGAUGCUUUGGUCCAUGGUAACCCUAAGUACCAGAAUCAAGUGUACAAAGGUCUGAUCGCGUUACUGCCCUGCACGUCCCCCAAAGCUCAGCAGCUGUCCCUGCAGACUCUCAGGACUGCCCAGUCGAUCAUCGGAGCCACACACCCCAGCAUCGUGGACUGCGUGCUGAAGGUGCUGCGCACGAUGCACCUGGAAGUGCAGUAUGAAGCCAUCGAGCUGAUCAAGGACCUGGUCAACUAUGAGGUGCGCAAGGCGCUGCUGCAGGGCCUCGUGGCGCUGCUGAUACCGUGCGUCGAGGAGACCUCCAAACUACAGCCCAAGAUCCUCACGGACGCCUCGGUGCUGCAGCUCACCGCCCACCUGCCGGUGUUCUUGCAGCAGGCGGCGGCCGCCAAAUACUACGUGAGGAUGUUCCCGGUGGUGGAGGAACACGUGCGGAAGAGCAUGGGAGAGGAGCUUUUCCAGCUCUUCCUGAGCAACCCCGAGGACUUGUACAUGAAAAUGGACAGCAUUCAGGCAGACAUCCUGGCAGCCAACAAGGUCAAUGUUACCAAAGCCUUAAGGCUCACCAGCACCUACAAGGAGCUGAGCUUCCACUUUGAGGCAGAGGAAGAGGAUCGGGCCUCCGCUAUGCCACCCGAGAGGAAUCCUGGAGAAAAGAGGGAGCAGAGCCCGUGAGGCAGCCCGAGAAAGCCAGCCCCUGGGCCUGGAAGCCUGGCAGCUGGGGAGGAGCUGGGCCCGGCCCCGGGGGCUCCCCACGGGGAGAGUCCAAUAAACGGCCUUGCUGUCUA